CUUCCAUCAUUCUCAUGCGACAAGCCUACUGCCAGAACAUCGUUUCCCUUCAUAUGUCAGUCGCGAUUCGCGACUAGUUGGCCAGCAUGGUCGUCAAAGUUAUGCCAUCCUCGCGGAUGACCACAGCUGUUUUCUUCGCUUGCCUGUUGUUCUUGUUUUUAUACUCCUCCUACGUUCUUACUCCCUCUUAUCAUCCGACGUCGCCCGCCAAGCCCCCACCGGCGCAAACGCAAUCGCAUCCACCACAACAUUCCGAAAAACCGAAGGAAGAUGGCCCGACGACAGCAUGGCAGAAAGAGGCUGCCUUGAUCCGCGAUGAAGCCGAAACCUUGAUUGGCGAUCCCAUCCAACCUCCUUACAAGUCGAAAUUCUACGACCUGGGUCAGCGGGCCAAGAAAGCCCGAGAAUGGGUCAAAUUUCUCGACAACGCACCCAAGUCGGAAAACAUCAAGCCUACUCUAGAGAAAGUGGAAGGCGCAAUCGCAUCGCUGUUCCCGUUUAUCCAACACUCACCAGAGCGCCCAGAUAGCAAGACACCAUUCUCGGACUUACGUUCGUCCAUCGUCCCCGGAACGCGCGGGUUAAUCAUUCCGACAGGCAAGGGAACCAUGCGGUACGCCCUUCACCUCAUCGGCUCACUCCAGAGCGUUUUGUACAGCAACAUGACAAUUCAGGUUGUCUAUGCCGGAGACGAGGACUUGCCGUCAGCAGACCGUGGGAAGCUGCAGUCCCGUUUCAAGGGGAUCGAAUUCCUGGACGUUCUCAGCGUCGUCGACGAUACGACUUUGCAGCUUGUUAAGGGAGGAUGGGCAAUCAAAGCUUUCGCAGCUCUGUAUGCGCCGUUUGAAGAGGUCAUCCUCUCAGAUGCGGAUUCGGUUUUCGUCCAGGUCCCGGAGACGCUUUUCUUAGACCCGUCAUAUGAGCAGACCGGGGCACUCCUUUUCCACGAUCGACUACUUUGGCAACACUCAUUCGCCGACCGUCACAAGUGGUGGAAGUCGCAAAUCCACGAACCUAGCGCCACGCUCAAUAAGUCGCUUGUCUGGACCGAGGACUAUGCUGAAGAGGGUGAUUCGGGUGUCGUCGUUAUUGACAAGUCGCGUCUGGACGUGUUGAUGGGUCUGCUCCACGUAGCUUGGCAGAAUACAUAUGAUGUGCGUGAAGAAGUCAGCUACAAAAUUACGUACGGCGACAAGGAGACUUGGUGGUUUGGACUCGAGCUCAGCGGGGCAACUUAUGCCUUCGAAAAGCACUACGGCUCCAUGGUUGGUUGGUUCAAGGACAAGGUCAACGACUCAAUCGAGAGAAUCUGCAGCUUCGUGAUAGGACACGUUGAUGUGCGAGACGAUCUCAUCUGGUACAAUGGAGGGCUUUUGAAGAAUAAAAAGGUUGACCCAAAAGAAUUUGGGCUUCCAACUCAUACACUGGUCGACGGGACGUGGGAGAAAGGUGGGGACCGAACCCAGAUGAGCUGCAUGGUUGGGCACAACGUCAAACCCCUGAGUAAGGAUGCAGAGUGGAUUUUGAAUAGCUCCAUCACAUUGGCACAAGAGCUGGACAAGGAGUUUGGCUUCCAUUAAAAUGCGGCUUUGUGUCUACUUUGUCACAGCCUACGAUGGGCUAACAUAUUGCAUCAUACCCCUAGAACUUUGUUUCCUGUUGUCCAUUAUCAUAGUCAUUGUUCAGAGCAUCAGAAUAGUAGACCAUCACAUAGUGUAGAAUACAUUUUUCUCGCAUU